UAGUAACGGAUGACGGAGCAAGUGAUCCUAAUCAGUCCCUGUUCCCACUCUGUUUCACAAUGAGACGGUGGAGUUUCUUUCUGUGGCUUGAUCUGAGGGGAAUACUGCUCUUUAUCCUUAUUGUACUCCUGGUGGUGUAUUUUCUGAACAAAAAGGACCCACCUAAUUUUCCCCCGGGACCACCAGCUCUCCCUCUUUUAGGAAACAUCUUCAACAUUGAACCUAAACAGCCUCACAUUUACCUAACCAAGCUAGCUGAUGUUUAUGGGAAUGUGUUCUGCAUACGUCUGGGCAGACACAAAACAGUGUUUGUGUCUGGGUGGAAAAUGGUGAAGGAAGCCAUAGUGACACAGGCUGACAAUUUUGUGGAUCGUCCUUACAGCCCAAUGGUGAACAGAAUUUAUUCAGGGAACUCAGCAGGUCUUUUCUUCAGUAAUGGAAAGGUGUGGAGGAGACAGCGACGUUUUGCCAUGGCCAUGCUACGAACCUUUGGUCUGGCCAAGAACUCCAUGGAGCAGAGCAUCUGUGAAGAGAGUCGACAUCUUCAGGAGGCGAUGGAGAAGGAGGAAGGUGAGCCAUUUGACCCCAUGCCCCUCUUGAACAACGCUGUGGCUAACAUCAUCUGCCAGAUAGUGUUUGGGAAACGGUUUGACUACAGUGAUCACAACUUCCAGAGCAUGCUGAAGAACCUGAUUGAGAUGGCCUAUUUGGAAGGCUCCAUGUGGGCUCUACUAUAUGAUGCAUUCCCAGCACUGAUGAGACACCUACCAGGGCCUCACAAUGGCAUCUUCAGCAACUCCAAAUCUUUGGAGACGUCUAUCAGGAGAGAGAUAGAGAGGCACAAGUUGGAUCUGGACCCCAGCAACCCACGAGAUUACAUCGACACCUUCCUGAUAGAAGAGAAACACAACAGACGCAAUGAACAGGGCUUUGAGGAAGGAAACCUGGUUCUGUGUUGUCUGGAUCUGUUCCUGGCUGGCAGUGAGACCACUUCAAAGACUCUGCAGUGGGGCCUCAUCUACCUCAUCAAUAACCCUCAUAUCCAAGACAAAGUCCAGGCAGAGAUAGACAGAGUGAUUGGACAGACACGCAUUCCCACCAUGGCCGACAGACCCAACCUGCCUUACACUGAUGCUGUCAUCCAUGAGAUCCAGAGGAUGGGAAACAUUGUUCCUCUCAAUGGAUUCAGAAUGGCUGCCAAGGACACGACACUGGGCGGUUACUUCAUACCAAAGGGAACCUCUGUGAUGCCCAACCUGACCUCUGUGCUGUUUGACAAGACUGAAUGGGAAACUCCAGACACUUUCAAUCCCAGACACUUCCUAGAUGCCAAGGGAAGGUUUGUGAGGAGGGAUGCGUUUUUACCUUUCUCUGCAGGAAAGCGUGCAUGUCUGGGAGAAGGCCUGGCGAGAAUGGAGCUGUUCUUGUUUUUUGUCAGUUUAUUUCAGAAGUUUUGUUUUUCCACUCUGGAUGGAGUUGAGCUGAGCACAGAGGGAAUUAUUGGAGCCACACGCACGCCAUACCCCUUUAAGAUCUACGCUAAGGCCCGCUGAACCCUGCAACCUCUCCUCUACUAUAGACUAUAUGCUACAGUGAAGUCAAAAAAUAUUACACAUAUUUAUACAGACAUCUGUCGCAACAUCUGGAUAGUUUUCCUGUCAAUACCAAAACGCCAGUACUAUUCAUGUUUUUAACCAGUCCAAUGCAGAGUAUGUGUGUGAGAUACUGGAGCUGGUGGUGGAGAUACCAGGAAAUUCUUCAUAAAAUAGGUCAUGAAGGGAAACUAUAGCGUGCUCUUUGUUUUGCCAUAACACAUAGUCACAUGUGACUGCCAUGAAUAACCCUUAGUGUGAACAUCACAUAUGUAGCCAGCAAACAGCAGCAAAAUCCUUUCUCUUUUGUUUCUUUUCCCACUUGUCUCUAUAUAUGAAUGAUUUCAGAUGGAUUGUUACUCGCUAUGAAAAUAAAUGUCAUAAAGGGCCA